AUGCAGCACCCCGAUGCUUCAAACCUACUUAGAGCUGAGGCGGAACUAGUUCUCGAAGAGUCACGAAGGCAGAAAGCGGAAAAGACAAAGACUCUAGGAUCACCGAUUGAGAUUCCCGGAAAGGCUCUCGGGAUUGAAAUUCGAGGAAACAACGCAUGGAUAGCGGAGAAUACAGCCGUAGCCCGAAAGCUUGAUUUGGAGACAGGAAAGACGCUCCAGCUCUUUCGCGGCCACUCGGCUCCAGUAACCUCUCUUGCAUUCUUCGACAGGGCGACAGGGUCUGGUGUGGAUGGCAUCUUGAUCACCGGCUCUUGGGACAAAACGAUCAAGUUAUGGGACACCGAGACCAAAGAGUGUCUUUCCACGACUCCCGCGCAUACAGACUUUGUCAAGGCUCUCCUCGUGAUACCUUCGUGCCAUCUACUCGUGUCUGCUGGGUCUGACAAGGUCAUUAGGCUUUGGGAUCUUUCCACAUGCCAGAAAGGACAACCGCUGCGAUGUGUUGGUUCAAUCUCUGCCCAUACACGUCCUGCCGCCUGCCUGUGCGCUCAUGAGAUAUCAGACACAGAAUGUGUUUUAUAUACGGCAGAUACAAUGGGCAUCAUCAAAGUCUGGAAGCUCACGAAGGAAGCGGAUCAAGCUGCAGGAUGGCGCAGCACACUACAGGAGGAGUUGACUUAUCAUCGCACCCGCAUCAAUGAGAUGCUGUACGGCCAUGGGCAACUUUGGACAGCAUCCUCGGAUGAGACUGUCCGGGUCAUACAACACCCAACACCUGCGGCCACAUCCUCCUCACCAUCAACCAAACCCAUACCACCAAUUACCCAUCCUGUCGCAGUCAAGGCCAUUCUGCCGUUGUCCCUUACUCCACUUUCCGAGCCCUAUGUUUUGACUGGCGCAGGGGACAUCAUACGCGUGUAUGAUGUUUCGAGUCUGGACGAGCCCGAGUUGCUGUGCGAAACUGAUGCACAUUGGCAUGAUGUAACCGCAUUGCGUCUCUGGAUGCGACACACUCCUAUCGAAGGCAACCCAGGUCUAUUCAAAAGGGAACCGUGGAUUGUCAGUGCAAGCCUAGACGGAACAAUCAGGAAGUGGAGGCUCGCAGAACUGCUUAACCCCCCUGCAAAGAGCGAAGACAUCGCAAAGCCUGUGGUUACAGCACCAGCUCUGAAAGAAAACACAUAUAAGAUGUCUGAAGAGGAAGAGCGAGAGCUUGCAGAGCUCAUGGCUGAGGAUUAG